UAAACUGCAGUAGAAAUAUGCCACAAAGAAGGGGUUGUGGCCUAGACUGAGUGGCUAGGAAGAGUAAAGCGGUUGUUACUGGAACAUCGCAGAUACAUGGGUACAUAACUACUUCUGGCAAGCUUGUUGUAGAAAAAGAAGUUUGAGCAAUUUAAAUGUCUUACACACGGCAGAUAUGACGGAAAUGUAUUCAACUCUCUUUGGGCAAAAUGAGGCUCAGGGACCUCCCGGCUCGUCAACUCUGGGAUUCGGACCAGGAAAGCCACCACCGCCUCUCCCUCAAAAUCAAGUCCCCAUGGCGGCUCAAAUGCCACCCCAGCUCGGGGAUGAGGGGCCUAUGCUACGAAAACCGGGAGCCAUGAACGAACCAUUCUAUUUACUGCGAGAAUUACCGGUGGGCAACGAGCUAACGGGCAACACCAACCUGAUCACCCAUUAUAACCUAGAACACGCCUACAAUAAGUUCUGUGGGAAGAAGGUAAAGGAAAAGCUAAGUAACUUCCUGCCAGAGUUACCAGGUAUGAUUGACUGUCCGGGUACUCAGGAUGGGAGUUCACUGCGGUCUCUGAUAGAGAAGCCACCGGUGUGUGGGAACUCCUUCAGCCCCCUGACUGGAGCGCUCCUCACUGGCUUCAGACUGCACACUGGGCCGCUUCCAGAGCAGUACAGACUAAUGCACAUCCAGCCCCCAAAGAAGAAGAGCAAACACAAGCACAAACACCACCGACCACAGGACCCCAUACCACAAGAGACCCCAUCAGACUCUGACCCCAAGAAGAAGAAGAAAAAGAGGGAUGAUGACCCGGACCGCAAGAAGAAAAAGAAGGAUAAGAAAAAGAAAAAGAACCGUCACAGUCCAGAUCAUCCUGGACUGGCAGGCUCUCAGCCAAACAGCAACAGCCUCAGAUAGACUGCUGAGAAGAUCAGAAGUGUGUGUGUGUGUGUGUGCGUCUGUGGGCAUGCAUGUGCAAGACAGCUUUGUGUGUGUGUUCUAGAAGGCACAAAUGUGCCUUCGAGAGGAAGCAAUGCCAUCGUGAGACUGUAUGCAAAUGCAUGUUUGUCUAUGAGAGAUAUAAAAGUGUGUGUUUUGAGUUUGGAUGUGUAAAUGCCAGAGCUUUGUUGCUAUGUUACAGUAGAACAGUAGCAGACAGAAUCCCAAACUGUGAUGGUUUGAUUGAGUACGUAUGUGAGUCUGUCACUUUUCCAGUUUGUCAUUUUCUCUGAACAGACAUUAUAUUCCAAUAAACUUUGGUUAUUAUUAUUAAUAA